AUGACACUGCUGCUGAUCAUCAUGUAUCCCCUGAGGAAGAGAACUUUGAAGCGGAAACACAACAGUGAAAAAAAGGAAGAGAAGAAUUGCCAAAACAGAAUAAGAAGAUAUUUGCACAAAUAUAAACAGAUAUCAAAGGGUGACAAAAAUGAAGAGCUGGAAAAUGGACUUGUCUCAGAUGUUAUUUCCCCACAGGAGGAGGAAUCCUCGGGAAAAGGGGAGGGGAAGUCCAAUGAUUAUUCGUCCUUCACCUAA